ACAAAAUCGGACGGCCACUACAGCUUCAUGCCCACACCCACCACAUAAUCACCGUCCUUCAUGGUGACAGGUGUGCUGUCACACCUCUAAUUUACACUGUAACUUCCGAGAUGCUGGUCAAAACAAACAAAUCCCCUCAAGCUUUUUAGCAAACAAAGUCGUCUAGUCUCUCCGUGUUUUGUGUUUACGAUGUCAAAUCUCGCCGAAUCUCGGCAAAAUUGGCCGGGAUAUCCGAUGCCAAAUUCGGAUCCCACGGUUCCACUCUUGAAUCUCUCAGCUCUAAGAACGAGAAUGGAGUCCUUGCAAUCUUUCUUAUCCCGAUCAGUCAACUCCAACACGCUCAUUAGCAAACAACAAAUGGACAUGGUCUCCGCCGAAAUCUCUUACGCCAUACAGCAAACAAUCAUCAACGGCGCCGCCCUUAUCUCCUGCUCCAACCCACAACCACCCCAGCAGUCAACACUACCGGAACCGUUGGCUGUCUCGGGGAAAACGAUGCUGAAAUUGGAACAGGAAGAGUUUGAAUCAGAAUCCGAUUAUGAGGUGGUGGAGAUCGACGCGGUUGAACUACUCGCCGAGCACAUACACUUUUGUGAUAUAUGCGGUAAAGGGUUCAAGCGAGACGCGAAUUUACGGAUGCAUAUGAGAGCACACGGGAACGAGUUCAAAACGGCGGAGUUUUUAGCGAAACCCGAUAAAGGGGAAGUUUCAGGGAGGAAGAAGACGAGGUUUUCGUGCCCUUACGAGGGAUGUAAUCGGAACAAGAAGCAUAAAAAGUUUCGAGCGUUGAAGUCGGUAAUAUGUGUGAAGAAUCACUUUAAGAGGAGCCAUUGUCCAAAGAUGUACACGUGCGAGCGCUGUAAUAAGAAGAGUUUUUCGGUGGUAUCGGAUCUAAAGAGUCAUUACAAGCACUGUGGGGAGAGUAGGUGGAGGUGUUCAUGUGGGACUAGUUUUUCUAGGAAGGACAAGCUGUUUGGACACGUGGCGUUAUUUGAAGGGCACUUGCCAGAGGUGCAGGAGAAAAUGAAUGGUGUUGUGGAGGAGGAGGAAGAGGAGGAAGAAGAGGAGGAGAUGGAAGUGGAGGGGCGUAAUCGUAAUCUGGAUGAAGGGUUUUUUGAUGGGUUGCUUCAUGAGUUUGCUUCAGUAGAGAAUUACUGUUUGCAAGAUGUGUUGGGAGUUGCUUGGAAUGGAGGAGGAGGAGGCCAUUGUUAUUAAGUUUAUGCUGGUUGUAAUGCUAUUUGAUUUGUUGUAACAUAGAAAAUUCUCUUUUCUGGUUUUUUGGUGUUUUGAGUUGUAAUAAUGAUGAAUGUUGAGCUUGUUUAAUUAAUAUUCCAACCAUCCUUAUGAGUUAUGUGGUCAAA